UGACGCCUACAGCUGAGCUUCUCGUAUUCUAAUCUAUAGUAUUUGAUAUAAUCAAUUAUAAUCAAUUGUGCUAUGAUAGAAAUUAGAAGGCAUUUAUUUUGUUUUGUGGAAAAUAGAAAUGUGGAGUAACUAAACGUCUGAACUUUGGUUUUACCACAAUAAUUACUUUACACUGUACAGUCGUGCAUUAUAAUUUAUUGUAAACUUAAGACUGGAUUUAAAUCAUUUUAAAUUUACGGUACUAGGAUUUUUCUAUAGUCCUAAUCAGCAGACAUUUUCAUAAAUAUGGCUGUUAGCCAUUUUGAUGAAAAAAGUGGUAUUAUACCAUGUAAUACAGAAUGGGGUAGAUGGUGGCAAACUGUAGAUGAAUUACAUAUUGAAAUAACCCUGCCAGUUAAUACGAAAUCCAAAGAUGUCAAAGUCAAUAUCACUAACUCAAGUAUUACUUGUCAAAUUUUAGGAAAAACUUUAUUUUCUGGAAAUUUAUUUAGAAAAGUACGCGCUGACGACACUUUAUGGACAUUAGAGGAUAAUGGUACUUUGUUAAACAUUGUAUUAACAAAAGCAGAUUAUUCAAAUAAAGAAAAUGUUUGGGAAGCUAUAAUGGAGGAUGGAUCAUUUAAAGCAGAUCCAAUAACAUAUAUUGAAAUGAUGAAAAAAAUGGAUUUAGAAAAGCUUCAAAUGAAGAUUCUAUAACCCUUAAAAUGUUCUUUAUUAUUAUUGAAAAUCGUACCCGGGAAUGGACUUCAGUAGAUCAGAGCUUCAGAAAGAUUACGACUCUAUACCAGGAUUCAAUUAACUAUAGAUUUGUGUAUCUAAAUUAUAGACUAUAUUUAUAUGAUUCAAUUGUUAUUUUUUAACUACAAGAAUCUAAAUAAUGAAAAUGGCUGGAUUGUGUAGAACUGAAAUUUAUGAUGUAAUUAUUUAUGUUUAUUUAUUUUAAUGUAGAUCACUUCUAUUGUACCUAUUAUUUAAAAACUUUCAUUGUUAGUUUCUAUUUAUGUCAAUCACUAAAAUUGAUAAUAUUAAGUUAUAAAAUUCCUAAUUUAUAGUAUUAAAAUCAUUUUAACUAAG